UGAGUAAGAGUGCGCAACUUGGAGAAAACAACUUGACUGUCCGGAGGAGCGUACGUUUCUCUCUCAGUGGUGUGUGUGUGUGUGUGUUUCAUCUCUGUGAGCAUCAGCAGCCCGUUUGUCUCCUCAUCGUGUCCAUGAGGACCUGAAAGAGGUUCCACACACACAUACACACACACACACACACGGACACUGUGUGGAGCAGCCGAGGGGAAAAGAGCAAUGGAUUAUAUCAGAAACCAACAUCUCUCCAUCGUCUUUCUGAUAGUCAGCAGUACCUGUCAUGCCCUUUUGGACAGAUUUCAGGACGAGAACUCCGAUGAUGGAUUUCCUCAUCACAUGGACCCAGAGGACGACAGCCAAAGUACCUCCUGUGAUUUUGAGUCUCCGUGCCUCUGGACUUUAUCGAAUCACAGCGACCAAAGUGACUGGACACUGGCGUCGCCACAGCAACCACAAAGGGCACAGGUUGGGAUGACGCCCGCGACUGACCACUCUGAGAAAAGUGCUGAUGGGCACUUCCUCCUCCUAAGCGCGUCCGCUGCUGCCGAGGCCUCUGGGAAAUGCGAGUACCGCCUCACCAGCCCGGUCCUGCCAGGGAGCAACAAGCACUGCACGCUGAAAGUGGCCCUGUUUGAGUCCGAUCCAGCUGUGGGAAACCUAACGCUCCUGAUCAAACCGCUUCUGUCGGACUCGGAUGUUCACGCUGUGGCCCUCAGCCACCGGAGCCAAGAUGCCCACAGGGCUGAGUGGGAAGUGUUGGAGAUCGUGAUUGGCAAAGUGGUGGAGCCCUUCGAGUUGAGCCUGGUCUACUCCUCCUGUUUGUGGGGAAGUGAAGUCACUGUGGCUCUGGACUCUCUGGAGCUCAUAGACUGUGAAUCAGAGCACCAGGAUGCAAUUUGUGGGGAGUAUUUCCACUGCGUUCACUCUGAAGUCUGCAUCGAUCCGAGCCAAGUGUGUAACUUCCACACCGACUGUCCGUACGGAGAGGAUGAAGGCUUCAUCUGUGGUGCUCUUCCAUCUGGCUCACAUUGUUCGUUUGAACAAGACACAUGUGGCUGGUCUGUGUCCAAGCAGCGCUCGGCCUGGAGGAGGGUCGCUGGAGAAGAGCUUCUGGAGAGAGGAGACAUGCGGGGCACCACCCUGCAGAGCACACCAGGUUACUUCUUAUAUCUGCAAGUGAGAGAGAGUCAUUCUUUGCAGGAAGCUUCCGUUCGGAGCGCCACUUUCCCUCCUCCAGUCUCGACAGCUGCCUGCCAGUUACGCUUCUCUCUGUAUAUCCACGGUGACUUCAACGGCUCGUUGUUGGUGGCCAUAGAGGACAAUGGGACAAACACCGUACCACUGGUGUGGGAGAGAAAUGGUCAGCAGGUGGACGACUGGGAGGACGUCGCCCUGCAGUUAACUGGCGUCCAUCACGCGUUCCACAUUCGGGUGACGUCUGUGUGGACACAAGGCUCCAAUGCCGACGUUGCUCUCGACGACAUUGCAGUUGGAGCAGCUUGCUUCAGUACAGAUGUCAACUCUCUGCUGCCCAUGAUUGGAUUGGAGGACAUGUUCAGUCCCCUUCCAGAGCCCUCAGCCUCAGAGGUUUCUCUGAUGACGUGGUGGUUUAACUCGUGCGGUGCCAGCGGCCCUCACGGUCCGACCCAGGCCCAGUGUGACAGCACCUACAGGAACAAAAAUGUCAGUGUCACUGUGGGGAAGGACGGCCCGCUCAAAGGAGUCCAAAUGUGGAGAGUGCCUGCCACCAACAGAUACCUGAUCUCUGCUUAUGGGGCUGCAGGAGGCAAAGGAGCCAAAAAUCACAACAAACGCAACCACGGGGUCUUCAUUUCGGCCAUAUUUCCUCUGGAGAAAGGAGAUCUACUUUACAUCUUGGUGGGUCACCAGGGAGAGGACGCAUGCCCGGGGAGAAAUCCCCUCACUCAAAAGAUCUGCCUGGGAGAGUGGUCAGUGAUUGAGGAUGACCUCAGGGUAGAGGCUGGACCUGAGUGGGCUGGUGGAGGAGGUGGAGGAGGUGGAGCGACCUACAUCUUCAAGGCGGAAAACGGCGAGAUGAUUCCCCUGCUGAUCGCAGCAGGCGGAGGAGGGAACGCUUACCUGGAGGACCCGGAGUCCAGUCUGGACCACAUAUCGCUGGAGCAGUACGAGAACAGCACCCUACGUCCCAGCAGCAGCGGUCGGACUGGUGCAGCAGGUGGAGGUGGAGGCUGGAGAGACAGUCCUGGUCCUCACCUGAGAGCGGGCCGGUCUCUGGAGGAGGGUGCAGAGGGUGGGUCGUCGUGUCCACUGGCCCUGUCCAAGCUGGGAUGGUCCACCUUCGGGGGUUUUGGAGGCGGCGGAGGAGCCUGCACAGCUGGAGGCGGUGGAGGAGGAUACAGAGGAGGUGAUGCGGCGCCGACGGAUGAGAUCACAGCCGACGGUCAGAACGGAGUCUCGUUCAUUCAUCCGAUGGGGGAGAUUUUCCUGCAGCCUCUGGCAGCGAUGGAGAGUCAUGGCGAGUGUGAGAUCAAGGUGCAGCUGAACUGCAGCCACUGUCAGACGCAGAGCUGCAAACGCGACGAGGACACUCACCUCGUCCUCUGUCUCUGCGACGAAGACGAAGUGCUGGCCAGCGACAACGUCACGUGCGUCGAUGCCGUCGCAGCUCCUCAAGGCCUGGCACCACAGGGCCAGAUGUCCACGCUGCUCAUCAUGGCGGUCGUCGUCUCCACCGUCGCGAGCGGCGUCGCGCUGGUCUGUGCCAGCGUCAUCCUCAUGUGGUACCGCAAAAAGAACGACCUGCACGCGGUGAGGGGCCGUCUGCAGAGUCCCGAGUACAAGUUGAGCAAGAUCCGCUCGUCCACCAUCAUGACGGACUACAACCCCAACUACUGCUUUGCGGGGAAGGCCGCCUCGCUCAGCGAGCUCAAGGAAGUGCCGCGCAAGAACAUCACACUUUUCAGAGCUCUCGGCCACGGUGCGUUUGGCGAAGUGUAUGAAGGACAAGUUCUGGGGAUGAGUGGUGAUAACAGUCCCAUGCAGGUGGCCAUAAAGACUCUUCCAGAAAUCUGCUCUGAACAGGAUGAGAUGGAUUUCCUGAUGGAGGCGCUGAUCAUGAGCAAGUUCAGCCACGACAACAUUGUGCGCUGCAUCGGCGUCAGUCUGAACAUCUUACCGCGCUUCAUCCUGCUGGAGCUGAUGACCGGAGGAGACAUGAAGAGCUUCCUGAGACAAAACAGGCCGCGAGCUGGACAGACUUCCUCCCUCACCAUGCGGGAGCUGCUGCAAAUGGCUCGAGACAUCGCCUGUGGCUGCCGCUACCUGGAGGAGAACCACUUCAUUCACAGAGACAUCGCUGCCAGAAAUUGCCUGCUCACCUGCCCAGGACCAGACCGAGUGGCUAAAAUUGGGGAUUUCGGCAUGGCACGAGACAUUUACAGAGCCAGUUACUACAGGAAAGGCGGCCGCGCCAUGCUGCCGGUGAAAUGGAUGCCACCAGAGGCGUUUAUGGAGGGAAUCUUCACGUGCAAGACUGACACGUGGUCAUUUGGAGUGCUGCUGUGGGAAAUCCUCUCUCUGGGCUACAUGCCAUAUCCCUGCAAAACCAACCAGGAGGUGCUGGAGUUUGUCACCAGCGGUGGCAGAAUGGAUCCUCCCAAGGGCUGCCCAGGCCCCGUCUAUCGGAUCAUGACCCAGUGUUGGCAGCACUGUCCCGAGCAUCGGCCCAACUUCUCAACCAUCCUGGAGCGAAUUAACUACUGCACUCAGGACCCUGAUGUCAUCAACACACCACUACCAGUGGAAUAUAGUCCCAACACAGAGGAUGACGGUGGCACAGUCAUCCGUCCCUCUGAUCACACCUCCACCAGCCUCACUCCACUCCUGGUGUCCCACCCAGUUUCUCAGGAUUCCUCCGCCCAGCUCGGACUUCCCUCUCUGGACCUACGACCCGCGCCCCAGCCCCCACAGCCCACCAAACCUCGUCUACUCCUCCAGAGAAUCCCGCCUGUCCACCACGAAGUGACCUCCUGCCGUGAGGCGCUGCAGCCAUCCUGGGCGGAGCCUGUUCCUGUCACUGGUUUCACAGCAGCGGGGGGUCACUGGCUCUACCCGGAGCCUCCACACCACAGACCCUGCUCAAGAAACAGCUCCUCCACGGGGAGCCAGAGGCUGAAGAACAAGACUAAGAAUCUGUGGAACCCCACAUAUGGCUCCUGGGUCUUGGAAAACCUCCGAGGGAAGAAAACACUGGCUCACACUCAGUCCAUGCCACUCUCAAGCUCCACCUCCUCCACCAUCACCACCAACACACCCUGCCACCUAACCUUAGAUAGCAAUGAGGCUGGGUGCAACAGUACCAGCAGCACCCACCUCAGCCCUUCCAGCCUCUGCACUACCUCGACUCAAUCCCGUUCCUUCCAGCCUCAAGCUGCUCAGAGUGCGUCCACACAUAAGACCCCAGCCGGUGGGGCCACAAAGGCUGGCAUGGACCUGGCAAAGCUUCAGAGUUUCCCCUGUGGCAACGUCAACUAUGCCUAUGAUGAGCAAAGCUACGAGGCAGAGAGCCUGCCCCUGGUUAUGUCCAGAGCCUCUGAAGCCGCCACGAACCCCGGCCCGGCCCCGAGUGUCUCCUCGGGGCCUGGCCUGGGAUUAGCAACAGGCCUCCACACCCCCUCAUCUUGUAUGCCAAAACUGCUGCUGAAGCGCCACGCCAGCUACGGACACGAAGAUGUAAAGAGACACGCCAAAGCUGAGAAACCCGCGCGCGACAGAGACUCUGGCUUUUCUCUUUCCGAAGACCUCAGCGUUACCCCAAUCUAAGAAAUCGGCUCACAGCAACAGGGAUUUUAGGUUUAGGUCCACUAAUAUUCGAGCUCUGUAUUUCCAGAACAAAAAGCAUGACCCACAAGGGACAUCACGUGACGUGACCUCAGAGCCAGUGCUCGACUAUUUCCCUUGGCUUCUGAUACACCGGUAGCUAAACACUGGAAAACACAGCCCUGCACUUCCUCAGUGGCCACGCUGUUGGUGCAGGCGACCGUACGUAACUGCUGUAGUUUGACUCCGGUUUUUUUUUGUUGUUGUUUUCUUGCAGCGUUGAUAGUCGUAUAUUAUGCAUCAUUGUAAAUCAUUGUUUGGAAUUUGUUGUUAUGAGUGUACAGAAACAAACAAAUAACCACUAGAAGAGAAUCUCCAAGAAUGUGAUUUAAUAGAAACCUUUAUGACAGCAGAGAAAAGUCAGAAAAAUUACUUUUGUAGGAAAUAAUGAAACCUUCUUCAGGAGCUUGUAGAGCUAGUUAUGCAAUUCUGGUUUGCUUUCAACCCAAAUAAUGUGAAAACACAUCGUCCCAAACUACUGCAAUAACAUGUUUCCUGAGAAUACUGUGC